AUGUCAACACACGAUUCUCAUCAGCUUAGUUCCUACAAUAGUGAUACUUUAAGUUGGCUUAAUGAAGAUGAAGAUGAAUUAGAUGAAUCAAAUGAGUUAAACGAUUUAAAUACAUCAAAUAUAUCAGAAAAUGUACAUAAUCUAGAUGCUGAAUCAGGUUCGAGUUCUCCCGAUCAACCUCUGUCACAUAAUAGUGGCGUUACUGUUACUGUUGCUAAUAGUUUAGGUAAAAGAGUUCGAAAAAAAAGAACUUUUACCUAUUCCAAAAGACCGAAUCCAAGAGAAAGUUGGGUGUGGACUUAUUUUAGGAAAAAUAAAGUUGAAAAAAAAAUAUAUUGCAAAGUUAUAGUCAAAGAUAAAGAUGGUUUAGAAAAAGAAUGUGGUAAUGACUACGAAUUAUCAACUGGAACAGGCAAUUUAAAAUCUCACCUUUGUCAAAUUCACAGAAUUUUGCCACCUGAAGAAAAUAAUAAUCAGAAUCAACAAGAACGACAAGAUGGAACAAAACUUUCAGAUCUUCUCCUAUCAAUAGAAGAAUGGAAUUCAAUAGAUGAGUUAGCAAAACUCUUAUAUCCUUUCGCGCAGGCAACUGGAUAUAUUGGAGGAAGCCAAUAUCCCACUUUGGGAAUGAUGAUUCCUACUCUUAUUAAGCUCUCACGUCAUUUAAGAGAAUUUUAUCCCACAAUCACUUCACAAACAGUAAAAGCCUGUUGCAAUAAAAUCAACCAAUCGAUGCUGUCAAGGUGGUCUGAGCCAUCGUCUCAUAGUCUAAUAGCUGCUUUUUUGGAUCCAAGAUUCAAACAAAUGAAUUUUGUAACGGCCAGUAAAAAAAGAGAAACCAUUUCUCACCUUUAUUCUUUAUUUGAUACACAAGAACGAUCUACUUUUAUUCAAGAAUCCCAACCUUUAAAUACUAAUUCCUCUUCUUUUUUUUCUUCUUUUUACGACGAUGAUUACAUUAUUCCAAAUGAAACUAAAAAUGUAUCAUUAAUUGAAAAAGAAUUUGAUGAGAAAAUAGAAGGCAUUGUUAAAUAA